UGUUUAUACCUUAUGUUUGUGUAAAACGCUACAAUGUAUUACGAAAAAUGAAAAUAUUAAAUAUUAAAAAACAACAUUUAUAAAAUAUCAAAUUAUAAACAAUAAAUUAUUAAAUAAUAUUUUUGAUUUUUAGUUUUGUGUUUUCUAUAUUCAUAUUAACAAUGGCUCUUGCUAGUAUGCAAAGGAAAACCAAUGUGCGAUUGCCUCCAGAAAUUAAUAGGGUUCUUUACAUUAGAAAUUUACCUUACAAAAUAACGGCUGAGGAGAUGUAUGAUAUUUUUGGAAAAUAUGGUGCCAUUCGUCAAAUUAGAGUAGGCAACACCCCAGAUACAAGAGGGACAGCAUUUGUAGUAUAUGAAGAUAUAUUUGAUGCAAAGAAUGCCUGUGAUCACUUGUCUGGAUUCAAUGUGUGCAACCGAUACUUAGUGGUCUUAUAUUAUCAGUCAACCAAAGCAUUUAAAAAAUUGGAUACAGACAAGAAGAAAGCAGAAUUAGAAAAAGUUAAAAUGAAAUAUGGCCUCAGUGAAGAAAAUUAGAAGUAAACUAAAUAAUUUUCUCUGCAAAUAACUGUUUAAGACAUAUAAUGUACAUGGUAUUUAUAAACUAUAACAGAAUAUGUAAAUAUUAAACUAAAAUUAAUUUUAAAGAUUUGCUUAAAAUUAUAAUUAUAACUUUAAAUUUUAUAAUUUUAAAUGUAUUCAACUAUAAUCAUCAGUCUAUCAUAAACUAGUAAUUAUAGUUGACUGAGACUGUCUAUGUGAUCACUAAGUCAUUAAUAAAAAAUGUAUUUUUCGAUGUCUUACCCAACUGUAUAUACGCAUCAGUACAUGAUUAAAAUUAUUAAUUUACACAAAAAAA